AUAUCUACUGACACACACGUCCUCUUCCGGGUGUGUUUGAAAAGACUUUCACUGAGCUGUGGAGGGACUAGCUGUGUAUCGAAUGAUACAGACACAGCAACUCGAACUCAAGCAAAGAUCAUUUUUUAUGAAACAAGCUGUGCAACAGGAAAGAGAACAGUUGUAAUCUGUGUGCAGGAAUGUCAGAAGCUAGUUUUGACUCGGAGAAGAAUGCGUCACAGGAUAAUCAAUCGGACCCUAAAGAACAGGGCCUCCAAAAUACUGCUGAAUCUCUGAGCCAAUCCGAGGCCAGAAAAAACAGCCUGGAUGAAACGCGCAUGACUGAAAUUGACAUCAGUGACAACACAGAAGUUGGAAACCUCAAUAAUACUCUUAGUAAGGAUGGUGAUGAAGAUGAGGAUUCUCAGGCCCACAGUAAAACUAGUGGAAUCAUUGAGGAUAAUCAUGAUUCUGAAACAGCGUGCACUGUGGCGACAGAAGCUGAAGUGAAGGUGGCUAUGGCAGAAGAGGCCCACAGAAGCCCAGCUGCUCAAAUAUCAGUCACCAGAAACGGAGAAGCAGACAAAAGUCACGAGGAAGUGUUUCAGAGGGAUGUGCCACAUAAUAUCUCCUCUGGACCAAUCAUGUCACACUCCCACAAUUCAAAUGAAAACUAUGCAAUGACUGAGGGAGUGGUGCAAGUGGGUCCAUUCACAGAGUCGCCAUUCCAGGCCACCACACCUACAGUUGUCCCCAGUCCUGCAGCAGCUAGCCGGCUAGCUCGCAGCAUCAGCGAUAGUCAGGUGGAGAUGCACAAAGGUGAUUUGAGAGAGCAGCAGAUGGGAGGAGCAGUGGUCCUUGCCGAUGACAUGAAGAGUCCUGCCAUAGAGAAACUGGAGCUGGUGAGGAAGUGGAGCAUCAACACUUACAAAUGCACUAAGCAAAUUCUGUCAGAGAAGUUAGGUCGCGGCUCCCGUACGGUUGAUCUGGAGCUGGAGGCUCAGAUCGAGGUUCUUCGUGAAAACAAGCGCAAGUACGAGCAUGUUGUGAAACUGGCGCAGACGCUGUGCACUCAGCUGGCGCAGAUGCUGCAGACGCAAAGACAGCUAGGUGAUGCGUUCGCUGACCUUAGUCUCAAGACACCUGAACUACAUGAGGAAUUUGGCUACAAUGCUGAAACCCAAAAACUCUUGGCGAAAAAUGGAGAAACCCUGUUAGGAGCUAUCAACUUCUUCAUCGCCAGUGUUAAAACUCUAGUGGACAAAACCAUAGAGGACACCUUGAUCAACAUUAAGCAAUAUGAAGCAGCAAGGAUUGAAUAUGAUGCGUAUCGCACAGAUUUAGAGGAGCUCAAUCUGGGUCCACGGGACGCCAACACGCUCCCCAAGAUUGAGCUGUCUCAGCAACAGUUCCAGAUCCACCGUGAAAAAUAUGAAAAGAUGCGCAAUGACGUCUCGGUCAAACUUAAGUUUCUGGAGGAAAACAAGGUGAAGGUUUUGCACAACCAGCUGAUUCUCUUCCAUAACGCCAUCGCAGCGUACUUCGCGGGCAACCAACAGCAGCUGGAACAAACCCUUAAACAGUUUCACAUCAAGCUAAAGUUACCAGGAGGAGAAACCCCCUCUUGGCUGGAGGAGCACUGAUUGAGUCAGCAUUCCUGAAAUAUGCGCACUCCUAAAGGAAACCAAAUCCAAAAAAAAAACUAUCACUCCUUUCCCUUUUUACUGCUUUCAGGACACUAAAUCCUGUCAAUAAAUAUCUAAGACAGGAAAAUGUUUGAUAAAAGAGAGAAAUAUUUAGCCCCUCUCUUUAUCCUUGUUAUCUCUGACUUUACACUUGAAGUUUUAGUUUUAAAAUAAAUGCUUUUUCUUUUGUCAGAGAGUUUGCACUCUCUUGCACAACAACAACAACUACAACAAAAAAACAAUCUUGUUGUUUUUGAAUCAAGUUACCAGCACUUUAGGGUAUUCAGAAAUACAGACAAUUUUACAGGAAGCAGAAAGAAAUGAAGCACCAUGUGAAUGUUGUAAAGCCUUUAAAGUAGUUUUUCCACAAAGAUGAUUCAAAAUCAAAUUGAUCUUGAAAUAAAACCAUUACCAGUCUGAGACAUAAUUCUAAACCUCACUUGUGUCCACCUCUCCUAACUCUUAUGUAACUGCAUUGUUAUAUUGUCAUCAAGUACAAUGGCAUACAUUUCCACACGGCCGCCUUCAAGGGCACGUUCAACUGAAAGGUUAGCCGUUUUAGUACAAACUUGGGAGUUUUGCUAUGAUGCAUUUACUGUUCUCACAAUUCAAAUAAAAAAGGGCAGUAUAAUAGGAUGUUAUAAAUGCUUAAACUUUGGCUUUUUAUCCUUAAAGUUUAGUAAAAUGUGUAUAGGGAAACUUUUGUAGAUUCCAUGGUGAGGGGUUGGGGCUUAAUAUCUGACUUGAUGUGCCUUGCUCUUUGUCAAUCAUCAAUUUUAAUCAUCUUCAGUGUUGUCAGGAAUUGUGGAAAACAAAUGUACUCCCAUUUCUAUCCUACAGAUUAUGUAAUGGACCAAUAAACACAGCCAUAUGUGCAGCCCUGGAUAAUCAAAUAUGCGUACACGUAGACCAGCAACCUUUAUUUAACUUGACAUUUACAAUCUGUGUUCUCUUUCUUUUUUCCUUUGUUUCAUUUUUAAACGAUCUCUCCUUGCAUUCCAUUUCUUUAAUAAAUACGCCAGGAGAGUAUUUUGUAUAGAGAGUAAAAUGUAUACCAAAUUAAUUUGACAUGAAAUACUAUGUGAGCUGCCUCAGCUGUUUAUAUGUUUGGGUUUUGUUUUUCUUUCUCUGCUUAACUUUUUUUUUUUUUUUUUUUUUAAUAUAUACAUUAUAUAUAUAAAGGACGAAGAGAUUUUCUAAAACAUUCCGUUCUGAUUAUUGUAGUAAGAGUCCAAUAAAUGUAACUCUGUAAAUGCAAAAGUAUAACAUUUGGUCAAAUUAGAUUAACCCAGUUCCAACUCAGAUGGGGGAGGGAAACUAUGUCAAAGGAGGUUGCUGUAGAACAAAUUAAUAUAAAAAAUAGGGAUGCCAAAUCAAAUGAUACUUAUAGCUAGAAUUCAAGAUUAUGUAAUUUCAUCUUGCAAACUUUAAGCAGCCUCACACUUGGUUUUCACCUGUUCUUGCCUCCUUUCAUUUGAUGAACUACCUUCAGUUUCUCUGUGACUUUUCAGUUCUGUCUUAACAGUUUACAGAUAACAAUGUACAGUAACUGUAUGAGAACUGACUGACACAGUAGUCACAUCUAUAUAUUUGUAAAAUCCUGUAUUUUACUUUGGGUAUAAAGAUUUUGCUGUGUACUUUUUUGAGGAUUUGUUGAUAAAUAAUGGAUUGGGUGUUUAAGGGCAAAAAAAGGACUGAAGUACUGAUUGUUGAAUUUUGAAUAAAAAUUCAUUAUUAAUUCUUA